AUGUUUCAUUUGCCUUCCAAGUAUAUGCUGUUCAUUCUCUACCAUCACUCGCCGUCUUCCCCAGGGGAAACUGCAAAGUCGACAGAGGUCAGUAGCAAGCAAGAGAAGGAUUUGGACAAGAAAUACCAGGAAAUACUGAGAAAGAUGGAAAAGGAAAUGGAGGUGCUGAUUCUUGAGAAAGAAGUAUCCAAAGCCCAAAACAAUUCCUCCCAAAUAAGAAAACCUGGGUCAGUUCUGGUGGGGGCCAUUCAGAGCUACAGGGAGUAGACAUCCGCUAAGAAAGAGAAGAGAACAUUCUGGUACCGGCAUUUCCAGACCCACAUCUUCACGCUCAUGAUUUCCAUGAGGCUCCUGGGCUAUAUGUUUUUCUACCUGCAGUACCUAAACCCAGACCUUCUUGUGGACACCUUGCCCAGGUUGAUGAGCAGAAACACCUUGAAGAGGCUGCAGGACAUCUUACGCCCCUUCCUUACUCUAGAGGUAGAAGAAGUUCUGCCACACUAG